AAAUAAAGUUUUGCUGCUUUUUUAGAGACUGCAAUGCAAGAUGUACAGUGAAAAAGGAGUUACAUUUUGGUCUGUUCAGAACCAAUACCAACUGGAUCGCUUCAGAAAACAUUGAUUAAACCACUGGAGUCUGAUGCAUUAUGUUUAUGCUGACUUUAUCUCCUUUUUGGAGCUUCAAAGGCCUUAUCACCAUUCACUUGCAUUGUAUGGACCUACAGAGCUGAGAAAUUCUUCCAACAACCUUUAAGAUGAUUUCAUAUUUUAUGAACGCAGUUCCAACGUAAUGACACAUUUAUUUCAAUUAUACAUAUUCAACUGAGUCUGUUUAUAUGCCGGUAAUUUGCAUGACAAGCAUGACAUUGCAUUUGGGGUGCAUGCAGCCCUCUGUACUACAGGACAUCACAGCACUUCCCCACCAAUGGGAGGGGCAUGUAUGAAGUAAAUGAAUGGAAGGUGGAGCCCUAAUAACUCUAAAGACAAACAGUAAAAAGAGUGAAAAAGCACCUAGAAGACGACAAAAGCAGAACAGACAGCUAGAAAGAAAUGAAUGAAAAAGACAUGACCACAGAAACAAAUCAAAGUACAGGUGGAGGAAUGGAGGACGUAAAGCACGGCCAAGCUCAGUGGAAGGUAGCAGAGUGUGUAUUGGAAAUUGCGAGGAAGACGUGGGUGUUGACUGUUAAGGGAAGUUUGUCUUUCAAAGAGACUGCAGUUAAUGCAGAUUCAAUACAAUCUGAUCCACACUUUCCCAGGGACGAUUUAAAGCAGAUAUGGAAGGAAUGCCAGAAUGAGAGCUUCUGGUAUCAAGCUCUGCCACUCUCUGUUGGGAGCAUGACUGUGACGUGGCCUCAUAUACAAUGUUUGAGUUAUGCAGUAGGCAAAGCUUCCUACGUCGGGACUUGCAGAGAAAAGUUCAAUAAACUGGGACCUGAGUUCACCAAAGCGUUUUGUUCAGAUUUUGGGCCUCCUGGAUUUGGAGCCGGUGGCUUUGGACCUGGGCAUAGACACUGUAUCCAUGUGUGUGAAAAGUGAAAACAGCAGGAAGCACAGGCAGCGACAACAGCGCCUGAUGCUCCCACUCAGAGCUGAGAGUCUUUAGAAUCAGGAGGACACAUCUCAUUACCCCACAUACAUGCUUCAUGUUAUUGUAAGAAUUUUUUUAAUAAAAAUAAAUUGAAUCUGAAAUGUUUAGCUCCUUUGGAAAUGAUGCAACCAUCUUGAAUGUGAACAAACUAAUCACCAGGGGGCGCCAAGACACUACAAAAAGCAGCUACACAAUGUGGACAAUUUAACCUUUGAAAUAAGAGCAAAAUGCUGCUUCAAUUGAAAUGAAAUGCCUGGGGGGAAAAAAAAAUCUACAUUGGAAAUUAUGGAGCCAUCGAUGUGGCAAAUACCAGUAAUAAUUUAGCGGUAUAGUGUAUAUUACUACAUGGGCUGGAUUUCAGGAAGGCUGUGAGAUUAUGUAGUAAAGUGUCUCAUGUUUGGCACACAAGCACAAUGUCAAAUCUGGUAUAAAUGUUAAAUAACAAUGACAUUUACACAACAUUGUCUGUUGUUUAUAAUAUAGAGAUGGAGUGAAUGUUUCGCUUAAAUCUUAUGGCAUUAAUCAGAUGGUUUUUAAUUACAGGUGGAGGGUUUCAUUCGUUCAUACAUAAUAUUGUACUGAAUAAAGGGAUAGUUCACCCAAAAAUUAAAACUCAUAAUUUACUUACCCUCAUGCCAUCCCAGACGUGCAUGACUUUCUUUUUUCUGCUGAACACAAACAUAGAUUUUUAGGAGAAUAUUUAAGCUCUGUUGGUCCUUACAAUGCAAGUAAAUGGAUACAAAACUUUGAAGCUCCAAAAAAGACAAAGGCAGCAUAAAAGUAAUCCAUAAAACUCCAGUGGUUUAAAUCCAUUUCUUCAGAAGCGAUAUGAUUGGUGUGGGUGAGAAAUGGAUCAAUAUUUAUGUCCUUUUUUUUUUUUACUAUCAAUCUCCACUUUAACUUUUUUCUUCUUUUGUUUUUGGCAAUUCACAUUCUGCAUGCACAUCGCCACCUACUGGGCAGGGAGGAGAAUUUAUAGUGAAAAAAGGACUUAAUUAUUAAUCUGUUUCUCACUCAAACCCAUCAUAUCGCUUCAUAAGAAAUGGAUGAAUCCACUGGAGUCAUAUGGAUUACUUUUGUGCUGACUUUGUUCUUUUUGGAGCUUUUGUGAGUUAUUGAUAAUAACAUUUUCAUUUUUGGGGG